UCAUUGGAAACGGAAGCCGACCGUCUACCCACCGAGCUCAAUCGACUACAAAGACCGGAAGUUUGUCCAGAAUAUUGGGGCGAUGUGACCGAGGAUAAGGUCUACUUUGAGAAUGUCUACAAGACCGAGAUGUGUGACAGAAUUCCCCUGGAGGAAUUGGUAGAAAUCCUAUUGUACGCGGAUACCUGUAUGGAUGGCAAAUAUCUGGUCGAUCGCAUACGCCUUGUCUAUCCAACUAUUCAUAUCCGAAUGGCACUUGGUAUGGACUGGAUUGAAAGUGCUUGCAAUGAACUGCCCAACGUUCAUGUGUACAUCCACGCGAAAGAUAACGGAGUCACGUGGGAGAAGCUCAGUAGAUUUGGUCCAACAAAAUAUCUGUUGAUCGGUCGAAACAUGGUAGACUUCACUCACUAUACCGAUAUCGAUCGUAUGCUUCGGGUGAUGAACAGUCUUCAAGUGGAUGUUGUUGGUGGUGCGGUUCGACUUGAACCGGAAGGUCAAUGGUAUCUCGGGUGCUAUCAGUCAACACUUCGGAACUUCACACUUCGGAUUCACCCGGGAUAUGACCUGUCUGCUCAGUCAUGUGCCUACUGUGACUACAUCGCCUCACCAUUCCUGGUCCGUCGCAAAUUUUUCCAAACUGCAAUGAGAUCUUCAUCACUAUCAGGGCCAGUCGCAUUCGUUCACAUGUUCUUGGAUUCGAUGCACAGAACGGGAGUUCCAGCGUCAAACACCGUCGCCUGCGUGGAUGUUUUGUUCCAUGUGGCCGGGAAACGUUACGGCUUGCAAAGCCGUGGAAUUUCUGAAACCCCCAAAUCUUCGUGGGUUGCGUUAGCUAAGCAGUGGAUCCUCAACCGUAUUGUGUUGCCUGGUGGUUUCGACUACCAGUGGACAUGCGAUGAGGUGAAUAUCGACUGUGCAACCUACAAGCAUGUUGGAGUUGUACUACCUGGGUGUUGUAUUGAAGAGUUAGCCAGAUGCCUCAAAGGUUUCCUUACUUUGGCCUUCAAGUACAAUGUGUCGGCCUUUCCUGUCAGUGGGACUCUACUUGGAUCGGUAAAGUUCGACGGGGGCUUUCUUCCAUGGGAACGCGAUGCCGAUGUGGUAUGGGAUGCAUACAAAUAUCCCAUUAUUGACGAACCAAUAAGAAAGAGUCUAGAAAGAAUCGAUGGGUGUGAACUUGGUCAACUGGUCUAUAAAACCCAUUUCGGUUUGAAUAUUUCGGCUUGUUCAGGAAUAACAAACAACUCCUGUAUUUACUACCAGCUGCGGUCCAAGUCUUGGUGGAUCGAGCUGUACGGUGACCCAAUCAUAACAGUCCAUCGUCUCUGGGGAUUGCGAAACGUCACAAAAAUCAAUUUGAAUGGAAUGUGGGUGACUGCGCCACCCAAUCCCGGACGCUAUGUGCGCCAUACUUACGGGGACAAUGUACUCGGUCAUGUACAACAUUGGCGUGACUAUGGUCUACCCACCGCAUGGACUCGCUACACGAAUGUGGAGAACGAACAGUUUGGUCUAUGUCCCAGACAGUUUGCUCGCCACUCGUGCUUGCGUGGAAACUAUUUGUCGACGGGAAAUAUUCAAUUUCAGGAUUCUGUACUUUAGCAUCCAUUGACCGGAUAUAAAGUCGUCUCCAUUGGAAUCAAGUGAAUCCUAUAUCUGCCCAGAAAUGUAUGUUUAUUAAAACGCAACGAAACAUACUGCACUUAAUGAUGGCCAAGUUAUGGAAACUGAGAUAGUCAGAGGAGAGUUCAGACACUUUUUGUACUUUUAUGAACCACACCGUUUUCCCAAAUGUGAUAUGACAAUGCCGG